UUCUGAUUUUUAGAAAACGCUUAUCACUAUGUCAGAAACGGCGCCUGUUGCAGCUCCUGCUGUCUCCGCUCCUGGGGCAAAAACCUCAACGAAAAAACCGAAGAAGGCAGCAGCGAGUUCUAAAGCCCGCAAGCCUCCAGGUCCCAGCGUGACCGAGCUGAUCACCAAGGCAGUGGCCGCUUCCAAGGAGCGCAAGGGGGUCUCGCUGGCAGCUCUUAAGAAGGCUCUGGCCGCCGGAGGGUACGAUGUGGAGAAAAGUAACAGCCGCAUCAAGCUGGGGCUCAAGAGUCUGGUGAACAAGGGCACCUUGGUACAGACCAAAGGCACCGGCGCAUCCGGCUCUUUUAAACUCAACAAGAAGCCGGGUGAGAUCAAGGAAAAGGCGCCAAAGAAGAAGCCAGCGGCAAAGCCUAAGAAACCAGCUGCUAAGAAACCCGCCAGCGCCGCCAAGAAACCCAAAAAGGCUGCGGCCGUGAAAAAGAGCCCGAAAAAAGUCAAGAAACCAGCCGCUGCAGCAGCUAAAAAAACGGCCAAGAGCCCGAAAAAGGCCAAACCCGCCAAGCCUAAGAAGGCAGCUAAGAGCCCGGCUAAACCCAAGGCGGUGAAGCCCAAGGCGGCCAAGCCCAAGCCGACGAAGGCUAAAGCCACGAAGGCUAAGAAGGCAGCGCCCAAGAAGAAGUAAAAGGGCUAGAAAGAAAUUUGCCACGCAGAGAAAUCCAACGGCUCUUUUAAGAGCCACCCACCCUCUCCCAGAGGAGCUGAAACACCAGGUUCAUUUCAAUAAUCUCCUGUUGCUUUUCAUGAAGCGCAUCACUUUCAGAAAUGAAAGUAAUAGAAAAGAGGGAGAUAUAAAAUUAUAACCGGUUUCGAACAUUUUCCUUCUUUGCCCGCGACAAGAAAUAACGUAUCAAUUCUUGAAAAUGCGGGGCGCUGAUUCAUUUAUAGUUGGAGGGGGCUGCGUGUUUUAAAAUCGAUCCAGAGGAUCGUCCCAGAAUCACGAUCACUAGUAGCCAAACAGUUUUCCUUCCCUACCCCACCCAGCAGAGGGGGGGAAAAAAACCCAAAACGGAGGGGGACGAGCUUUAGCAAUCAUGCUUAUUGUGUAAAGGGAGGGGAGGAAGGUGGCCAUUUCUCGCACAUCAGCUUCGGUCCAGACAGGAUUUAUUAUCUAGUAGGAGAGGCGAGGGAGGACAGUGUGUAAGGGCAAACUGUGUGACCCCCCACACACACACUCUCUCUCUUUUUUUUUUUCUGCCUAGCUGGCAGUGGUGGGAUCAGGAUUAAUCCCGUUAGUGGGUUUGAAAAGCCCGCGCUCUGCAAGGAUUGGCCUGUGGCAACUCGUCCCCGCUUCUCUUAUUGGGGGGUAGGGAGAGUCACUGUUAAAUCCAUAGCUUCCUGUGUAAAAUGGUGAGUUGUGUGUGGAAUACUGUCAAUUUACCAAGUACAAAAUACCUCACACGGGGAUUUUUGUUUUCAAAUCAGAUUCGUCGGGCACCUACUUUGAAACCUUUAUUCUCUGAAAUCAGAACACUACUAACAGGGCAGGAGGGGGAGGAAGCAUUUUUCAUUUUAUUCUCCCUUUUUCCUUGAUUAAUACCCGUUCUGUUCAUACUCUCCUCCAUCGCCACCUCUGCUUUCUAUCCUUGUUUCUCUCCCGGGCUGUGCUUUCAGUCUUUUACCCAAUUUUCUAGAAAUCACAUCCUUGCUGAUGCUUCUCAGAAUGACUCUUCACCCGAAGGAUUGUGAGGGACAUUUAGCUCUAGUGUAAACCUCUGCAAGUUGGUCCAAGUGAUACCAACCAGUUGAGAUUGCUAUCCCCUAUAUGGACCUGCCAUUGGAGAAGAAGGAAACACAUUUGUUCCAGAGGGUUUUACAGAUAUUUUCUUACAACACAAGAAUGUUGAGAUUCAGGAAUCCUAGGUUUUAUUCCAGACUCUAGAGGGGAGUGUUUUCUAUAGUUACAGCCCCUUCUGCCCCUUUCCAUCUUCAGUGUGACUCCUUCUGUACAGACCUUUCUAACUUGUCUAUGUCUUAGUCCUCCCCCUUCACCAUCUCCUGCUCCCUCACCAAGCUCUUCACCCCUCUGUAUUCCUGUUGUAAUAUAUGCUCCUUCAUCCUGCCUGCAUGCCAAAAGUGGGGGCAUGCAAACUAUAGAAAAGACAACUUCUUAGAGGGAAAAGUGGUGUUCAGCCACCCGAGAUUGAGCAAUAACAGGUCUGUGAUGACCUUAGAUAUCCAGGGCUGCACACGCGCUACACUGACUGGCUCAGCGUGUGUCUACCCUACUCCGACAGGUGCGGGUAACCUGUUGAACCCCAUUAAUGAUGGGGAUCUGGGAUUACAAUUGGUCGGCGUCCAACUUCUUAGAGGGACAAGUGGCGUUCAGCCACCCGAGAUUGAGCAAUUAGAGAAAAGACAGUCUCCCUUCUUUAAUUUCCAGUGCCUGAAACCACAGUGAACCUUGGUAGAUGCCAGGAGUUUUUACAGGGGAAGUUCUGCUCAACUGUCUGAGGGACAAUAGUAAGGGAAGCCAAUCUUCAGACAAUUUAGGUGCCAAACGAAAAAUGCUCUGCUGAACAUGUAUGGACUGAGAGUUUUCAGAGGCUAAUAACUUGGCCACACUGGGAUAGAUUUUCAUGAGGAUAAUAAAAAGGAUAUCCCUGACACUUUUGUGGUAAGUCUGCUUAAUGUUAGCUAUGUGCCUUAAAGCAUAGAGGAGCUUGAGCGUCUCAAGACAACAAUUGU